AUCUCUGGUGAAACAAAAAGUGAGGAGAAAAAGGGAAGCAACAGUAGUACGUCGAAUCAUCAUUUAAGUGAAGUCGGUGAAAAACUCAUCGAAUCUGUUAAGCAUGGAAUAGACACUCUUAGUUCCACAAUUAUUCAUAAAAGUUCUAAUGACCAAGAGUCUCCAACGCAGCAUAGCGAUAGAAUUUCGCAUCAAUCCGACCCUCCAACAGAUUCUAUUCACAGACGUUCGUCACCAGAAAUUGUUAAUGAUCAACUUUCAGAGACCGAACAU